GACACUGUGCUCUUCCACAACACCAUAUUUUACAAUCUAAAAUACGGCAACCUGCAUGCCUCCGAUGAGGAGGUAUAUGAGGCCGCCCGGCUAGCUGAUCUGGAAUUCGCAAUCCAACAUAUGCCGCUUGGAUACCAGACUCCUGUAAGUCGAACUGUACUUUCAGUGAAGCAGCCCACUUCACUCUUGAGUGAAUUUACCUUGUAUUACCUGUGUCGCAUUCAUUUCCGUCGGGUGCCCAGUGUUUUUUGGCUUAGCUUGUACUACAAUCCUCAGGCCAGUUUUCGGGCCGUUGGAAAAGACCGGAGUCACCAGAAGAAGAGCUUUAUUACUGCACAGAAUUCCCAGUUGUUGUGCAGUGGUCACUGA